UCUCCUGGUGUAGGGCGGGCGGGCGCUGCGGCGGCCGCGGCUGCUGCUUCCUCGGGCCAUUUUGCUGUGGAGCGGCGGGGAGGAGGAGCCGCCGAGGAGACCCCGGGCGAGGAGCUGCGAGCCAGAGGAGGCCGCGCGGACUCCGGGCUUUCCGCGGUCGCGGGGAUCUCGGGGGGCAAAGGGAUCGCCGGGGUGGGGGACCAGAGAGCCGCGCCCGCCGCGCGGAGCGCCCCUUCGCGCCCCCAGCACCAUGAGCUGGGGUACCGAGCUCUGGGAUCAGUUUGACAACUUAGAAAAACACACACAGUGGGGAAUUGAUACUCUUGAGAAAUGUAUCAAGUUCGUGAAAGAAAGGACAGAGAUUGAACUCAGCUAUGCAAAGCAACUCAGGAAUCUUUCAAAGAAGUACCAACCUAAAAAGAACUCGAAGGAGGAAGAAGAAUACAAGUAUACGUCAUGUAAAGCUUUCAUUUCCACCCUGAACGAAAUGAAUGAUUAUGCGGGGCAGCAUGAAGUUAUCUCCGAGAACAUGGCAUCACAGAUCAUUGUGGACUUGGCACGCUAUGUUCAGGAACUGAAACAGGAGAGGAAAUCAAACUUUCACGAUGGCCGGAAAGCACAGCAGCACAUCGAGACUUGCUGGAAGCAGCUUGAAUCCAGUAAAAGGCGAUUUGAACGCGAUUGCAAAGAGGCGGACAGGGCGCAGCAGUACUUUGAGAAAAUGGAUGCUGACAUCAAUGUCACAAAAGCGGAUGUUGAAAAGGCCCGACAGCAAGCUCAAAUACGUCACCAAAUGGCAGAGGACAGCAAAGCAGAUUACUCAUCCAUUCUCCAGAAAUUCAACCAUGAGCAGCAUGAAUAUUACCAUACUCACAUCCCCAACAUCUUCCAGAAAAUCCAAGAGAUGGAGGAAAGGAGGAUUGUGAGAAUUGGAGAGUCCAUGAAGACAUAUGCAGAGGUUGAUCGGCAGGUGAUCCCAAUCAUUGGGAAGUGCCUGGAUGGAAUAGUAAAAGCAGCCGAAUCAAUUGAUCAGAAAAAUGAUUCACAGCUGGUAAUAGAAGCUUAUAAAUCAGGGUUUGAGCCUCCUGGAGACAUUGAAUUUGAGGAUUACACUCAGCCAAUGAAGCGCACUGUGUCAGAUAACAGCCUUUCAAAUUCCAGAGGAGAAGGCAAACCAGACCUCAAAUUUGGUGGCAAAUCCAAAGGAAAAUUAUGGCCGUUCAUCAAAAAAAAUAAGGGUGCAACACCGGAGGAUUUCAGCAACCUCCCACCUGAACAAAGAAGGAAAAAGCUGCAGCAGAAAGUCGAUGAGUUAAAUAAAGAAAUUCAAAAGGAGAUGGAUCAAAGAGAUGCCAUAACAAAAAUGAAAGAUGUCUACCUAAAGAAUCCUCAGAUGGGAGACCCAGCCAGUUUGGAUCACAAAUUAGCAGAAGUCAGCCAAAAUAUAGAGAAACUGCGACUAGAGACCCAGAAAUUUGAGGCCUGGCUGGCUGAGGUUGAAGGCCGGCUCCCAGCACGCAGCGAGCAGGCGCGCCGGCAGAGCGGACUGUACGACAGCCAGAACCCACCCACGGUCAACAACUGCGCCCAGGACCGCGAGAGCAGCCCAGAUGGCAGUUACACAGAGGAGCAGAGUCAGGAGAGUGAGGUGAAGGUGCUGGCCACGGAUUUUGACGACGAGUUUGAUGAUGAGGAGCCCCUCCCUGCCAUAGGGACAUGCAAAGCUCUCUACACAUUUGAAGGUCAGAAUGAAGGAACGAUCUCCGUAGCUGAAGGAGAAACACUGUAUGUCAUCGAGGAAGACAAAGGCGAUGGCUGGACCCGCAUUCGGAGAAAUGAAGAUGAAGAAGGUUAUGUCCCCACUUCGUAUGUCGAAGUCUGUUUGGACAAAAAUGCCAAAGAUUCCUAGAGGGGAGUGCCUGCGAGCCUCAGGUGAACCUUCCUGGAGGAGCCUCCGUCUGCUUGUCCCCACAGGCCUCCAGUGCCCUGCCCUGUGGACGGCCCAUCCCUCCGCAGCCCCAUUCCUGCGGGGCAGUCUCUCUCUCUCUCUACAGCAUGUUCCCUGCGGCCCUGCCCUCCUGCCCAGCCCGGGCCACCUCGUGGGGGACAAGUCUCGCCAGCGCCCACCCCCACGGCUCGGGUCAGUCCUCAUCACUCCCCCAACCCACCCCGCGCAGGCCACUGAGACGGUGGGAUACACACCCCCGCCUGCUCCUUCCUGGGCCCUCAGUCCACCCGGGCCCGUCCUGGCGGCCCUUCCGCGCUUCACACAGUGCCUUUAGUGAAAACGUCAUCACGGGUCCCCUGAGGAGACAAGGCAGGUCCGGCGCACACCAGGCGGACUGAGCACUCGAUGUCAUCCCUGUGUCCCCGACUGUCUGCUGUAGAAAACACUUCCUCUUUUCCCGAGUCUGUGAAGUCCUCAGUGGUCCUUUUUGGAUUCUAGGCUUGCACCUCAUACUAAACAUUGACCCUUUCACUAUCCCCUCGAACUGAGAGCAUCUGGGGGGCAGGGGGGCAGGGGCACACACACCCACAGGCACACCCACCAGUACACACGCCUGCGCACACAUUUUGGUUUGGCGCCCUGUUUUCAGUGGCCUGGGAAGGUCCACGCUGGAGGUCGAAUUCCAGCUCGCCUUGUUGGCUCACCUGUGUCCACCGGCCAUGAGGAGCCCACGCCUGUCCUCCACGUCACUUCCCUGUCCCUGAGAACUGUAGACCAUGCGCUUGUGAGCGAGGCCCUCCCCUCUGCACCGGCUCAUUGGAAAGCGAACAUCCUCUCCUUUCCAGGAGCCCCAGGAUUAGCAUCUGAAGAGGUUAGCACUUCUCGUUUUUUUUUUUUUUUGGGAGACAGAGUCUCGCUUUGUUGUGCAGUGGCAUGAUCUUGGCUCACUACAACCUCCGCCUCCUGGGUUCCAGCAAUUCUCCUGCCUCAGCCUCCCAAAUAGCUGUGAUUACAGGCGUGUACCACCACACCUGGCUAAUUUUUGCAUUUUUAGUAGAGAUGGGGUUUCACCGUGUUGGUCAGGCUGGCCUUGAACUCCUGACCUCAGGUGAUCCGCCCACCUCAAAGUGCUGAGAUUACAGGCGUGAGCUACUGCACCCCACCAAGGUUAGCACUUUAAUCACCAAAGACCCCGUGCCUCUUGUGGUCCGUUGAGGGAUCCCGCCGCCACCACCCCAUUUAUCACGUGCUCUUCAGGUCAUGUGGAAUUAGUUGAGUUUGCUUUUAGAGCUAAGUUUCUUUCCCCUUUUGGGUCUUUGAGGAAAACCUGAGAUCCCCUAAUCUGUGGCCCCCCACACCUUAGAGCAGAGCAGCCCCUCUUCUCAUUUGGUGCAGAAACAGUCAAGAGGAACCAUUGGCAGAGAGCUCCUGUGACUGAGAGCGCCACCGAAGCCUAGGGAUGACGUCAGGCAGCUUUAUUUGCUUGGCUUUGUAACUAGGUGGUCCCCUCAAGCAUCCUCAGUUCCUCUUGCUGUUUACGAAUGUGAGACAAGGAAGUUCUAUAGAAGCCAAAGGGACAGGGACAGAAAGGACAGGUCCCAAGGGAUGGCGCCAUCUUUACUCGUGGAAACCAGGAAAUUGCUCCUCUCAGCCAACCAGGGUUGACCACACAGCACCCUUCCGGAGCAGCUCAGCCAGCUCUCCGGGACGAGAAGCCACAAGCACGGAGGCCCAGGCAGGUGAAGAGGAAGUGGCUUUGGGUUUUUAAAGUGGGUGAACAUGAGCCUCUCUGACUGUUUCUUCCCUGGGGGACUGCAAACCGCCCACUGAAGGCUCAGGGCUGCGGCAGAGCCAUGGGCUUCUUGUCCCUGCAACCUGUGACCUAAGUGUGGUGCACCCAUUACACGCAGGAGGACCAACUUGACGGCCAAAAGACAAGCUGGGAUGACUCAGGGUGAGAAGAGUCAGGGCCCCGCCUCCGUCCCUGCAAACCAACAGGUGCAUGGUGAGUGCGGCAGUCUGCACAGCUCCGCAAGGGCUCCCCCGCCAACGGGGCUGACAGGGAUCUCCAGGAACUUCUGACCUCACCAACUCAAGUGGACCACUCUCCACUCCACGAGGAUGUGAAACGGUUCUUUAAAAUGGGAUCUGCAUGUGCAUCACAUCUUUCAUAUGAUGGGUCAGGAUAGAUUCAUUUCUUGCAACAUAGUGAAAAAGGUAUAAGCUGCAGUAAUUUGCUCUUUGAAUGACUGUCACCCCCAGUAUAGGAUAUGCUUAUAUCCCCGUCACUCCUCCGCCUUUUAAAAUUUUUCCACCACCCGUGUCCGAAAAGAAUGUUACAGCGAGUGCUCUUAAAUGUUGAACCUGGGUGUUGCUUCCUGGCCCUUCUGUGUGGCUCCAUGGAACGCUCACUGCUGCCCCAGCCGGGCUUCUUAGAGGCGGUCAGUUGUCCUAUGUAUCAUUUACUCUGGGAAUCCUACUGUGAAAUCAUGUCUGUAUUUUUCUGGAGCAGUUCACAUAGAGUAGAACGUGGAAUUUCCCGUGAGCGUCUCCUUCCUGCCCCAUAACUGCCGCCUGUCACUUCACCGCCGUGCUAGAAUACUGUUGUGUUGUAAGAUGACUAAUUUUAAAAGAGCCUGCCCCGAAAAGUACUUAGAAACAAAAUGAAAGAGAGGAACUUGUCCUUUACCCAGUUUUUCAUUUGCAGGAUGGGAAAGUUUAAAAAGGCACGGAAGGUUGUCAUGGGCUGCUCCGUGGGGGGGUGGUUUAUCCUGCUCACCUUGGAGCUAAGCCUGCAGCUUGUCUAACCAGCACAGCACAAAGGUCUCGAUGCCUUUUGGUAACAUCUGUCAUUACAGAAGAAAACUUUACACGACGUCAAAAAAGUGACGUUAAUGCUAAGUGUUUUUCCAGAAAUACUGGUUUCAUGUUUCUUAUUGGCUCUGCCUCCUGUGCUUAUUAUCAUCCAAAAACUUUUUUAAAAGGUCCAGAAUUCUAUUUUAACCUGAUGUUGAGCACCUUUAAGACGUUCGUGUGUGUGUUGCACUAAUUCUAAACUUUGGAGGCAUUUCGCUGUGAGGCCAGUCGCCACUGUAAAGGUCCUAGAGUUGCCUGUUUGUCUCUGGAGAUGGAAUUAAACCAAAUAAAGAGCUUCCAUUGGAAGGCUUAUAUUGACCUUGUAACUAUAUGUUAAUCCUCUAAGUGUUAAAAUAAAGUAUAACUUCUGG